GUCAGGAUGAAUGUGGGCACAGCACACAGCGAAGUGAACCCCAAUACGCGGGUGAUGAACAGCCGUGGCAUCUGGCUCUCCUACGUGCUCGCCAUUGGGCUUCUUCAUGUCGUGCUGCUGAGCAUCCCCUUCGUGAGUGUCCCUGUCGUCUGGACCCUCACCAACCUCAUCCACAACAUGGGCAUGUACAUCUUCCUGCACACAGUGAAAGGGACACCCUUCGAGACCCCAGACCAGGGCAAAGCGAGGUUGCUGACCCACUGGGAGCAGAUGGACUACGGGGUCCAGUUCACGGCUUCUCGGAAGUUCUUGACCAUCACGCCCAUUGUGCUGUACUUCCUGACCAGCUUCUACACCAAGUACGACCAGAUCCAUUUCAUCCUCAACACUGUGUCUCUGAUGAGCGUUCUCAUCCCUAAGCUGCCCCAGCUC